AUCGCUGGCGGAGCGAGGGAGCUCCCACGACACAGAUUUUGGGGCAAAGCCUUGCCAUCUGGACAGCACCAUGUCCACCAAAGCGGAGCAGUUUGCUUCCAAGAUCCGGUACUUACAGGAAUAUCAUAACCGGGUACUUCAUAACAUUUAUCCUGUACCUUCAGGAACAGAUAUCGCAAACACCUUGAAGUAUUUUUCUCAGACUUUGUUAAGCGUCCUGCGAGAUGCUCCCUCUGAACGUGGCCUGCAAAGUCGUGAUGCUCACUUGUCAGACUACCCUUCUUUGGACUAUCAAGGCCUCUACGUGACUUUGGUGACUCUCCUGGAUCUAGUUCCUUUACUACAGCAUGGCCAACACGAUCUUGGACAGUCGAUAUUUUAUACAACUACGUGUUUGCUACCCUUUCUCAAUGAUGAUAUUCUGAGUACUUUGCCCUACACGAUGAUUUCAACGUUAGCCACUUUUCCUCCGUUUCUGCACAAGGAUAUAAUUGAGUAUCUUAGCACAUCUUUUCUACCAAUGGCUAUAUUGGGAUCCUCCAGGAGAGAAGGGGUUCCAGCCCAUGUCAAUUUGUCUGCGUCAUCCAUGCUAAUGAUUGCAAUGCAGUACACAUCUAACCCAGUGUAUCACUGUCAAUUAUUGGAAUGCCUCAUGAAAUAUAAACAAGAAGUGUGGAAAGAUCUUUUGUAUGUCAUAGCCUAUGGGCCCUCACAAGUGAAGCCUCCGGCUGUGCAGAUGCUGUUCCAUUACUGGCCCAAUUUAAAGCCUCCUGGGGCCAUAAGUGAAUACAGGGGAUUGCAGUACACAGCUUGGAACCCCAUCCACUGCCAGCACAUCGAAUGCCACAAUGCAAUUAACAAACCAGCUGUAAAGAUGUGCAUAGAUCCUUCCCUGGCAGUGGCCCUGGGAGAUAAGCCUCCUCCUCUGUAUCUCUGUGAAGAGUGUAGCCAGAGGAUCGCAGGAGACCACAGUGAAUGGCUGAUUGACGUACUUCUGCCACAAGCUGAGAUAUCUGCGAUAUGUCAGAAGAAGAAUUGUAGUUCCCACGUGAGAAGAGCGGUGGUCACCUGCUUUUCAGCCGGGUGCUGUGGGCGGCAUGGAAACCGGCCGGUGCGCUACUGCAAGCGAUGUCACUCCAACCACCACAGCAACGAGGUGGGCGCCGCCGCCGCCGCCGCCUCCUCCUCCACCUCCACCACCUCCUCCGAGACGCAUCUCUACCAGACCUCUCCGCCUCCCAUCAACACCCGGGAAUGCGGAGCCGAGGAGUUGGUGUGUGCUGUGGAAGCUGUCAUUAGUUUGUUGAAAGAAGCCGAAUUCCAUGCGGAGCAGAGGGAACAUGAAUUGAAUCGGCGGCGGCAGCUGGGCGUCUCAUCCUCACAUCAUUCCCUGGAUAAUGCUGACUUUGAUAACAAGGACGAUGAUAAACACGACCAGCGGUUGCUCAGCCAGUUUGGAAUCUGGUUCUUAGUGAGCCUUUGUACCCCCGGGGAGAACACGCCCACGGAGAGCUUGGCCCGGCUGGUGGCCAUGGUGUUCCAGUGGUUCCAUUCCACGGCCUACAUGAUGGAUGAUGAAGUUGGAAGUUUGGUGGAAAAACUGAAACCUCAGUUUGUGACCAAGUGGCUAAAGACAGUCUGUGAUGUUCGUUUUGACGUCAUGGUCAUGUGCCUUCUUCCCAAGCCCAUGGAAUUUGCCAGGGUUGGUGGAUACUGGGAUAAGUCCUGCAGCACAGUGACUCAAUUGAAAGAAGGUCUCAACCGAAUUCUCUGCCUGAUCCCAUACAAUGUGAUCAACCAAUCUGUCUGGGAAUGUAUAAUGCCCGAGUGGUUGGAAGCCAUCAGAACAGAAGUCCCAGACAAUCAAUUAAAAGAAUUCAGGGAAGUAUUAAGCAAAAUGUUUGACAUUGAACUCUGUCCUCUCCCCUUUUCCAUGGAAGAGAUGUUUGGCUUUAUUAGUUGUCGGUUCACAGGCUACCCUUCCUCUGUGCAGGAACAAGCUUUACUCUGGCUGCAUGUAUUAUCGGAGUUAGACAUCAUGGUUCCACUUCAACUACUAAUAAGUAUGUUUUCGGAUGGAGUUAAUUCUGUCAAAGAGCUGGCGAAUCAGCGAAAAUCCAGAGUCAGUGAACUGGCAGGAAACCUGGCUGCUCGAAGGGUGAGUGUUGCCUCUGAUCCUGGCCGGCGAGUCCAACACAACAUGCUGAGUCCAUUUCAUAGCCCUUUCCAGAGUCCAUUUCGGAGCCCUAUGCGUAGCCCAUUUCGUAGUCCUUUCAAGAAUUUUGGACAUCCAGGAGGAAGGACUAUUGACUUUGAUUGUGAAGAUGAUGAAAUGAAUCUAAAUUGUUUCAUCCUCAUGUUUGAUCUUCUCCUGAAGCAGAUGGAGUUACAAGAUGAUGGAGUCACAAUGGGGCUAGAGCACAGCUUAUCCAAGGACAUUAUUUCCAUUAUAAACAAUGUCUUCCAAGCCCCCUGGGGGGGCUCCCACACCUGCCAGAAGGAGGAAAAAGCAAUUGAGUGUAAUUUAUGCCAGUCUAGUAUCCUCUGCUAUCAACUGGCCUGUGAGCUUCUGAAGAGACUGGCUCCCAAAGAAGAGAGCCGGUUGGUGGAGCCCACAGACAGCCUUGAGGAUAGUCUCCUUUCCUCCAGGCCAGAGUUUCUCAUUGGCCCUGAAGGGGAGGAGGAGGAGAACCCUGCAACUAAACAUGGGGAAAACCCAGGAAACUGCCCUGAGCCCGUGGAACAUGCUGCAAUAAAGAAUGAUACUGAAAGAAAGUUUUGUUACCAACAGCUUCCAGUAACUUUGAGACUAAUAUAUACAAUUUUCCAGGAAAUGGCUAAAUUUGAAGAGCCAGAUAUUAUUUUUAAUAUGCUCAAUUGUCUGAAGAUUCUCUGUCUCCAUGGAGAGUGUUUAUACAUUGCUAGAAAAGAUCAUCCUCAAUUUUUAGCCUAUAUUCAGGAUCAUAUAUUGAUUGCAAGCCUAUGGAGAGUCGUCAAAUCAGAGUUUUCCCAGUUGUCUUCUUUGGCUGUCCCUCUCCUUCUCCAUGCUCUGUCCCUUCCUCAUGGUGCUGACAUCUUCUGGACAAUCAUCAAUGGAAAUUUCAACAGCAAAGACUGGAAGAUGAGGUUUGAAGCAGUGGAAAAGGUGGCUGUCAUUUGCCGGUUUCUGGACAUUCACUCAGUGACCAAAAACCACUUGCUGAAGUACUCGCUGGCCCAUGCCUUCUGCUGCUUCCUGACGGCGGUGGAGGAUGUCAACCCAGCAGUGGCCACUAGGGCUGGCCUCCUGCUGGACACCAUCAAGAGGCCAGCAUUGCAGGGUCUGUGUCUUUGUCUUGACUUCCAGUUUGAUACUGUGGUGAAAGACCGCCCUACGAUAUUAAGCAAGCUUUUACUCUUGCAUUUUCUUAAGCAAGACAUUCCUGCACUAAGCUGGGAGUUCUUUGUCAAUAGAUUUGAGACACUGUCUUUGGAAGCGCAGCUACAUUUGGAUUGUAAUAAAGAAUUUCCCUUUCCCACCACUAUCACUGCUGUCAGGACCAAUGUCGCUAAUCUCAGCGACGCGGCCUUGUGGAAAAUCAAGCGGGCCCGGUUUGCCAGGAACCGCCAGAAGAGUGUGCGUUCCCUGAGAGACAGCGUGAAGGGGCCAGCUGAGUCUAAGCGGGCCCUCUCUCUGCCUGAGACCCUCACUUCCAAAAUCCCUAUGAGGUUGACCAGGCAUGAGCAGUCUGCUCCCGCUCUCGGAGGGACACCCGAACAGACACCAGGACAACAGUCCCCUGAAAAUGACAACAUCAUUAAGGACCUGCUACCAGAAGAUGCGGGGAUUGACCAUCAGACUGUUCACCAGCUCAUCACUGUGCUCAUGAAGUUCAUGGCCAAGGAUGAGAGCAGCGCUGAGUCGGACAUCAGCAGCGCAAAGGCCUUUAAUACGGUCAAGCGGCACCUGUACGUCUUACUCGGCUAUGAUCAGCAGGAAGGCUGCUUCAUGAUUGCACCUCAAAAAAUGCGCCUGUCUACUUGCUUUAAUGCAUUUAUCGCAGGAAUUGCCCAGGUUAUGGACUAUAACAUUAAUUUGGGAAAACACCUUCUCCCCUUGGUGGUCCAGGUGCUCAAAUACUGCUCUUGUCCUCAGCUACGGCAUUAUUUUCAACAGCCACCUCGUUGCUCCCUCUGGUCCCUAAAGCCACACAUCCGGCAGAUGUGGUUGAAGGCUUUGCUCGUCAUUCUUUACAAGUAUCCCUACCGAGACUGUGAGAUCAGCAAGGCCCUGCUGCAUCUGAUUCACAUAACAGUCAAUACACUCAAUGCGCAAUACCACAGCUGCAAGCCCCACGCCACGGCAGGCCCCUUGUACAGCGACAACAGCAAUAUCAGCAGAUACAGCGAGAAAGAAAAAGAAGAAGAUAGUGUUUUUGAUGAAUCUGAUAUUCAUGAUACACCUACUGGACCCUGCAAUAAAGAGUCUCAAACUUUUUUUGCAAGAUUGAAAAGGAUAGGCGGCAGCAAAAUGGUGAAAUAUCAGCCGGUUGAGAUGAAUGUUCAGAGAAGUGAAAUAGAACUGGCUGACUAUAGAGAAACGGGUGCGUUACAAGACAGCCUUCUACACUGUGUGAGAGAAGAAAGCAUUCAGAAAAAAAAGCUGCGCUCUUUAAAACAAAAAUCUCUUGAUAUAGGGAACGCAGACUCGCUCUUGUUUACGCUAGACGAGCAUCGUAGAAAGUCCUGCAUAGAUCGCUGUGACCUAGAUAAGACUGUCCCGGGUGCUUAUGUCCUACCCAGACAGCACGACCAUGUGCGGCCCAGACAGAAUUCUGCCACCCGGCCCGACAAUGCAGAGAUCCCCGAGAACCCCUCUUUGGAAGGCUUUCAGGAACCUCGCAGACCGGUCAUCCCCGAAGUCAGGCUCAACUGCAUGGAAGCUUUGGAGACCAAGUCGAGCUCACCCGUGAAAGCUGCUCCUAAAGAGGAUUUAGAUCUGAUUGAUUUAUCCUCGGAAUCCAACUCGGGGCCUGAAAAACGCUCCGUGCAGUCCACGUCCGACAGUGACUCUCUGGUGUUUGAACCGCUCCCACCUCUCCGAAUAGUGGAGAGUGAUGAGGAAGAGACCAUGGACCACAAGAACGAGGGCACCUCCAGACACCCAGCAUCCUCUCCCUCCCUCCCCAGCAACCCCUCGGUUCUGAGCCUCAGCACCACUCCCCUGGUGCAGGUGAGUGUGGAAGACUGCUCCAAAGACUUCUCUUCCAAGGACUCAGGAAACACGCUGUCUGCCGGUGACACGGAUUCCACACUCCUGCCUCUGGAAGAUCCCACCGACUCUGAAGAAUUAGCAAGGCCGGAGGAGCUGGUAGGAGUAUCCGGGGGUAGCCCCCUCACGCUGAAGCAGAAAAGGGACCUGCUGCAGAAAUGCUCUGCGCUCCCAGAGAUGUCUGUGGAUGAGAUCCUCGAGCCACAGUCGGAGGAAGAGAAGCUGGCUGGGUUGGCACCAAGUGCCGGAGCCAAAACUGUCCUCUUGCAAGUCCCUGAAGAUGCUGAGAAUCCUCUGGCCAGUGAGAAGCCUGAGCCCAGCACAGAGUCAGACACUGAGCAGAAUCCUGAAAGCAAAGUACCAGAAGAGGGAACGGAGGAGUCGGAGUUUAAGAUUCAGAUUGUGCCCCGGCAGCGGAAACAGAGAAAAAUUGCUGUCAGUGCAAUCCAGAGGGAGUACCUCGACAUUUCCUUCAACAUUCUAGACAAAUUGGGAGAGCAGAAAGAUCCAGAUCCUUCUACUAAAGGACUUUCAACUUUGGAAAUGCCACGGGAAUCCUCCUCUGCCCCUACAUUAGAAGCAGGUGUGCCAGAAACAAGUGGUCACUCUUCCGUAUCAACUCAGUAUAGGCAGAUGAAAAGGGGAUCCCUGGGAGCUUUGACAAUGAGCCAGUUAAUGAAGCGACAGCUGGAACAUCAGUCUAGCGCCCCCCAUAACAUCAGCAACUGGGACACUGAACAGAUCCAGCCUGGGAAACGCCAGUGUAACGUGCCAAUGUGCCUAAACCCUGACCUGGAGGGGCAGCCACUGAGGAUGAGAGGUGCCACUAAAUCCAGCCUGUUGUCAGCCCCCAGCAUCGUCAGCAUGUUUGUGCCAGCACCCGAAGAAUUCGCAGAUGAGCAGCCCACAGUGAUGACAGACAAAUGCCAUGACUGUGGGGCCAUUCUGGAAGAGUAUGAUGAGGAAACCCUGGGACUGGCCAUUGUGGUCCUCUCCACCUUCAUUCACUUAAGCCCUGACUUGGCCGCCCCGCUAUUGCUGGACAUCAUGCAGUCUGUAGGAAGGUUGGCUUCCAGUACUACUUUUUCGAAUCAAGCAGAAAGCAUGAUGGUUCCUGGCAAUGCGGCAGGUGUGGCCAAGCAGUUCCUGCGCUGCAUCUUUCAUCAGCUGGCCCCCAAUGGCAUCUUCCCACAGCUGUUCCAGAGCACCAUCAAAGACGGCACUUUUUUACGGACUUUGGCCUCAUCCCUGAUGGACUUCAACGAGCUGAGCUCCAUUGCAGCCCUUAGUCAGCUCUUGGAGGGUCUAAAUAACAAAAAGAAUUUGCCAGCAGGGGGUGCUAUGAUACGCUGUUUGGAAAACAUUGCUACCUUUAUGGAAGCUUUGCCCAUGGACUCUCCUAGCAGCUUAUGGACCACCAUCAGCAACCAGUUUCAGACAUUUUUUGCCAAGCUGCCUUGUGUUUUGCCUCUGAAGUGUUCUUUAGAUUCCAGUUUGAGAAUAAUGAUUUGCCUGUUGAAGAUUCCAUCUACCAAUGCCACAAGGAGUUUGUUGGAACCAUUUUCCAAACUGCUCAGCUUCGUCAUUCAGAACGCCGUCUUCACUCUGGCUUACCUAGUGGAAGUGUGUGGUCUGUGUUACCGAGCCUUCACUAAGGAACGAGAUAAAUUCUACUUGUCUCGAAGUGUUGUUUUAGAACUUCUGCAGGCUCUGAAACUCAAGUCUCCUUUACCGGAUACAAACCUCCUUCUUCUGGUCCAGUUUAUUUGUGCAGAUGCUGGAACCAAGCUAGCUGAGUCAACGAUCUUGAGCAAACAGAUGAUCGCCUCGGUGCCCGGAUGCGGGACGGCAGCUAUGGAGUGUGUGCGGCAAUACAUCAGCGAGGUGCUGGACUUCAUGGCCGACAUGCACACGCUGACCAAGCUCAAGAACCACAUGAAGACAUGCUCCCAGCCUCUGCAUGAAGACACCUUUGGUGGACACCUCAAAGUUGGACUGGCUCAAAUUGCAGCCAUGGAAAUCUCACGGGGCAACCACAGAGAUAACAAGGCUGUGAUUCGCUACCUACCUUGGCUCUAUCAUCCGCCUUCUGCCAUGCAACAAGGACCUAAAGAAUUCAUUGAGUGUGUCUCCCACAUCCGUCUGCUCUCGUGGCUGCUCCUCGGCUCUCUUACUCAUAACGCCGUCUGUCCAAACGCCUCCUCACCCUGCCUGCCCAUCCCUCUGGACGCAGGCUCCCACAUCGCAGACCAUCUUAUUGUCAUCCUGAUUGGAUUUCCAGAGCAAUCAAAGACCUCCGUGCUGCACAUGUGCUCCCUCUUCCAUGCAUUCAUCUUUGCUCAACUCUGGACUGUGUACUGCGAACAAAGUGCCGUUGCAACCAAUGUGCAAAGUCAGAAUGAAUUCAGCUUCACAGCCAUUCUGACGGCGCUCGAGUUCUGGAGUCGGGUGACACCCAGCAUCCUUCAACUUAUGGCCCACAACAAAGUGAUGGUAGAAAUGGUUUGUCUCCAUGUGAUUAGCUUAAUGGAGGCAUUGCAAGAAUGCAAUUCAACUAUUUUUGUCAAGCUGAUACCUAUGUGGUUGCCGAUGAUUCAGUCUAAUAUCCAGCACUUAUCCGCUGGACUCCAGCUUCGCCUCCAGGCCAUUCAGAACAAUGUGAACCAGCACAGCCUAAGGACGCUGCCGGGCUCAGCACAGAGCAGCGCCAGCCUGGCCGCUCUGCGCAAAUGGCUGCGCUGUGCCCAGUUCAAGAUGGCUCAGGUGGAGAUCCAGUCGUCGGAGGCAGCCUCCCAGUUCUACCCUCUAUGAGCAGACUCCUCGGCUCUCCUGUCAACACUCUGGUUUAGCAAUAAUGGGUUCCAAAACAAAACAAAAACAAAAACAAUUUGAUCCACGCAGGUUGGGGAACAAACUGGUACUGUACAUUCUCUUUCUAGUUUAGUAACAAGACGUGCCAAGGCCGGAGAGGGCCAACUACGAAGCUUUCUUGCUCCACAUAUUUCUGAUGACUCCUUGGGCUAUCUGAUUAAGUGUUUCCUUACAUUAUUUUUUAAGAAACCAAAUCAUUUUUCUUUAACUAACUUCUAUUUUUUUUAAGAAAAAAAAAUAGACUGGUGGGUACUCACAGAAAAGUUGUAUAAGUCCCCCUGUUGCUAUUUUUGAUGAUAGAGAAUAAAUAGGGUUUUUGAAA